AUGAGCGAUACACUCGUGUUAACAUCGAUAAACGGUUGUUUAUUAUCAAAUAAAUUAGUUGAUUCAUGGCUUGAUGCAAAUGAGAUAUACAUAGCGCGAAAGAUUCUUUCCGCUGAUCGUCGAUCGGUGGAAAUAACAUUUGUCGACGAUGAAAGAACGGAGAUGAUGUUCGAUUUAUUAACAACUUGUUAUAUUUCGGUUGCAUCGAAAAUGUCCGCAUUUUCACAGCGGCUUGCGGCAAUCGACAAGAAACAAAACGAGGACACAUUUCAAUCUGCAAUCGGUCGUGGACGUGGAUUCGAUCAUAAUUCAGCACAAAUGCAACAUUUAACAACGAAAAACGGCAGUGAUGAUUCUGAUAUAUAUUCCACAAUAUCAUCGUCAACAUUUGGACGCGGACGACAUGCAUUGAGUUCAAAACAAACAUUUUUCUAG